UUCUGACAAGGAAUUGCGGUCGGCAGUGACAGCUCCACCCUUUAAGUAAUUGUGUUAAACUUAAUUGAGUACAGCAAGUAGCAAUUUAUCGCCGGUGAAACUGGCCACUAGUAACAAAAAAUCUUGCCAGUGGAAGGAAGCAAUAGUAGUUUAACACUUGAGUUACCUAUUUUUUGCUGGGUUUGGCUGCAAUUGGAUCGAUGCUGUGAAGACGCCGAGCUGCUGACAGCAGUAUAUUCACCAUGGGUACUACAACAUCACAUGAACCUCUCGAUGAAUCUGGAGCAGAAUUCUCAGUUUCGGAACAAACCAUGACUGAAACUCCUCCUGAGAUUGUUCAGAAUGGCCCUACAUUCGGAAAACCAAAUUCAGUUGAGAGUAAGAGUGAUACUGAUGUCCGCAGAAUUGAUUACCUGAUGAAGAAAUUGCAUUUGAAGUCUGGAAAAGCAAAAGUAGACUCAGGAGCAGAUGUUAAGCAGGACACUGGGACAUUCACAUCAGAAGCAACAAUGGAGAAACAUGCCAAUACAAAUGCAGAGGAAAAAGAAAUUGAAAAGUCUGCCAAGACAGUUUCUAAAUCCAGAUUUUCCAUGGCUUUUUCUCGCUCUGUACCAGGGCGUACUAAUGACCCUUCUCCAGGGCCAUUAUCAGGAACGGCAACACUCCAAACCAAUCAAGAGAGUGUCUCAGUGAACACAGCAUCAGUUGAUAAAGUAAAUCUUCAAGAAUCCUCCACACAAAGGCAACAGCAGCAGCCUGCGACUGAAUCAUCAGAUGCACCAGAACACGCUGUGAAUGAAACCAAGCAAAAAGAAGUAAGCUUUUUUGAAAAACUAUUCAAACAAGGUGAUAAGGGCAAACAGCAAAAUGAGAAUCAGGGCAAUCUGAAGACUGCUGAAAGUCAGGACCCAGUUGCUGCCGAUAGUGAAGCUACUGAACUUGUCCACAGACUGGAUAACGUGGAACAUUAUUUGGAAACAGGUGACAGCAAUAAGGACUAUACAACACCAUCACUCGGUAACAAAGUAUCUCAAAUUUCAACUUCAAAAUCAUCUGAGAAUCUCCAGGAACCUGAGAAGGAUAAUAAAGUAGACACACCUACAGACGAUAAGUCGGUCAUGAAUUUCUUCAAAACACUUGUGACACCAACGAAGUCUUCUUCCAAGGCAGAACUUGACUCACAGCAGACAUCAGAUGACAAGAAAAAAGUAAGUGUUGAACAGAAAGAAGCAGCAGCCAAAUCUCACAAAUCAGAACAAAAAGCAGCAGAUCAGGAGAUACCCAAGACAAAUGAUGCAGAAUUUCUUGAUAAAGCAAAACUAGAAAAGACACCAACACAAAGUCCAUUUGGAAAACUGUUUAAGCAAAAGACCAGCAAAGAAGUACCACAGGUCAGUGCAAUUCACAAGGAUGAACAAGAAACUCUACCUGCUGAAAAAUCUGAUAAAAUCACAGCCCAAUCACAAAAACGACUGUCAAAACAGGAAGAUGCAUGUCCUGAAUCUGCACACAAACGAAAAACUGAAGAAGAGGAGGUUAAACCAACUAAAAAGGGCUUCUUGAAUUUCUUCAAGCAGACGUCAGUCAAAGACGAUGAAAAACAUGCCGAUUCUAUGGGCUCAACUGUGAAAGGUUCUGAAGCAAAGGACUCAAGCUCGGCAGAUGACUUGACGAAGAAAGGAGUUGAGACGAGAGAAAGUACACCAGCAAAGAAAGGCAAAGACAAUUCGAAACAGAAAAAGUCAGCAACAGAAGGCAAUCAAGCAGAACCUCAGAGAGCAAAAUCUAUGGAAGACCUUCCUCCUGCUCAACAACAGAAUGCUGCUUCGGUGCCAAUACCCAAUGGCAAUAACAUCAAAGUCAAAGGAACCCCAGGGAAGGGACUGGAGAAGAAGCAAUCAUUUGGGGUGUUCCUGAAACAAUUGGGAGGCAAAAAGACAGCAGAUGUUGCAGUGCAAACAGAUCCUGUUGUUAUCUCUCCUGCAGGGAAGACAAAGUGAUACCAGCGUAGUCCUUCAUUCAAGGAAGCUUGGCAACAUGCUUUAACACUUGGUGAAAUCACAUACAGUGGACAGCUCUAACUGUUCCUUUUGUAUCUAUCAGCAUUCCAGCCAUGCCCAAGAAUAUAUUUCUGACCAUAUUUCUAGAUAAUUAAUUAGUGUACUUUCAAAAGAUUUCAGAAUCGUUAAAGCUAUAUGUGAUUUAGAAUACCCAUCAUUUUCAUGUUUUAGGUAAGUGCAUUGAUAGAAAUGUAUAGUUUCACUAAACAUAUUAGUCAUUCAGUUCUAAUUGUGUAUGUACAAACAACAGGACUAAAAUCUACAGUACACUACUGGCAAGUGAGGCCCAUGAAAUUCCCUGGGUGGCCUUCCUUUUCGUUCACCCUCACUCUUGUCAACAGGUUUUUGUCAGGUGAGGUCUAGGGACACCUCCCUGCACUCAUCCAAAUGUGGGCAUUUAUUGACUACUUGAAGGCCCAUUCCAGCUCAUCUUUAAUUUUGAGGCUGACGCAGAAGCUCAGUAGCAGACUGUGUUCCACGGUAACAGCGUAUCUCACUGUUCAUUCAUUAUUUUGACAUAACUCUUUGAUUUGUGGUAUUAUUU